AUCCUGUUGGAGGCCCAGGGGUUAAGCCUAGAAUCUAAUCAAUAAACAAAGGAGUGGGUUUAGGGUACAGACUCCCGGAUGCUGGCCCUUCAGUACUUGUGUCUUUGCAUUGAGAGUCCUCAGUGACCACGUGCAGGGCUGGUGGGCGUGUCCCCGGGCUGCUCCUCCCUCCGGCGCCCGGCGGGCUAAGCCCAGUCGAAGCUCAUUGGCUCAACGGGAUAAAUGACAGGUCCUGGAGCCAAUGGGAGGCAUGGCGGGGAGGUGCCCGCCUACUACGGCUGCUUCCGGUCGGGCUGCAGCCUUGCAAGCGUGAGGGAGACUGGGUGGCGGGGUGCACCCGCCCGCUGGCCGCUGCUCGCCACCCCUUCGUCUCGGCUCCUGAGGAGGGUCCCCUGAGGGCUUCUAGUCUGUGCUCCGCGGGGGCCGGGGACUCUGGUCCGCCUCUGCCGCGGACCCACGCCCACCGGAAGUUCGUCCACUUAGCAGCUUGGGCCGCAGUGGCUCCGCGUAGGCCUCGGGACCGGCUCCACGGGACCUGGGCUGGACAGGCCGCGGCGGGACCGCAGGCACCGAGGUCCAGCCAAGGGCCGUCCGCGAGGUUCCAGUCCCGUCGCCGGCCCAACCGGCUGGCGGCCGGCAGAGGGCGCCCGAGGCCAUGGCCGAGGAGCGCCCCGGGUCCUGGUUCGGCUUCGGUUUCUGCGGCUUCGGGCAGGCGCUGGGCUCGGGCCGCGGGCGCCAGGUGCUCAGCCCCGAGCCGCUGUGCGUGCCGGACGCGGGCACCGACAUCUGCGAUGUGAGCGCCGCCUGGAGCUACACCGCAUUCGUGAGCCGUGCGGGCCGGGUGCUGCUGUCGGGCUCCGCGGGCGGCGCGGCGGACGGCUGUCGGGACGCGUGGGCCUCGGAGUCGCUGCUCGUGGUGCUGCGCGACGGGCGGGGAGCCGGGGUCGGAGCCGAGCUGCAGGCCUGGGCGCCCGGCUCGGCGCUGCGCGGGGAGCCCCUCUGGGCCCAGACGGUGGCGCCGGGGGCCGGGCGGGAAGACGGAGCGGGCGCUGGAACCCGGGCCGGGCCGCUGCCCCUGCUGCCCUGCGCUCGCGCCUACGUGAGCCCGCGGCCGCCCCUCUACCGGCCUCUGGCCCCGGAGCUGCGGGCGCGUCGGCUGGAGCUGGGCGCAGAGCACGCGCUGCUGCUGGACGAGGCGGGCCAGGUGUACUCCUGGGGCGGGGGCAGGCACGGGCAGCUGGGCCACGGGACCCUGGAGGCGGAGCUGGCGCCCCGGCUGCUGGAGGCGCUGCAGGGCCUGCGCAUGGCCGAGGUGGCCGCGGGCGGCUGGCACUCCCUGUGUGUGAGCGAGACGGGGGACAUCUACAUCUGGGGCUGGAACGAGUCGGGCCAGCUGGCCCUGCCCGCCAGGGGGCUGGCGGAGGACGGAGAGACAGUCGCGGGGGAAGCCACUGCACUGAGGCAAGCCGGUUCUGGGGUGAAGGGACCAGCGGGGACUGAGGAGGGAGCCGCCGCCCCCUUCAUCGCCGUGCAGCCCUUCCCGGCGUUACUGGAUCUGCCCCUGGGCUCGGACGCGGUCACGGCCAGCUGCGGGUCCCGGCACACGGCCGUGGUGACGAGGACCGGGGAGCUCUACACCUGGGGCUGGGGGCAUCCCAGGCUGCUGACCAGGACUGUGGCCGAGACCCCGGAGCACAAGCAGGUCUCGGGGCGGCUGCUGCACCGGCAGAUCAAGGGCAGAGGUGAGUCUGAGAAGAAGCCCGCGCAUCAAGCAGCUGGCGCUGGGCAGGACGAAAUCUGGUCCCUUCUAUUCUGCGUCUCACCCACAGCCUCGGAGCGUGCAGAGGGUUCACUCGUCUCAGCAAAGCCGGUCAGUUAACCAACCGGAAGCUGGAAGAAAGAAUCGGGAAAGGAGAAGAAAACCAUGAAGAUGAGACACACACAGUGAGAAGUGACGCGCUCACGCUGCCCGCGUCUAAGCCGCGCCUGGACGCUUCCUGACGUCACUGGCAGCUCACGGGGAGAGCGUUCCAAGAGGUUCUUAACAUCCUCAGGCUCCAGUGGUGAGAUGAAAUGCCAACGAAAAAUGAUGCAAAACAUUUGCAAACAACAGAAGUGAAAUUGUGGCUUUGUUUCACCUGUAUAUUCUAACUAUUAAUUUGAUAUUAGUGACCAUAUAUGGCUUUUGAAACCAGGAAAAUGUUCCUUAGCAUAGAGCAGGACGAGGGGUCUCACAUUCAUAGUUUACUGAGGACCAAGGGAGCAAUGGCUGGUUAACAGCCCUUAUUCACCAGACUUGGGUCUUGGGAACCCCUAACCUCCAACAAAAUUAAAUGGCAGAACAUAACUGUGUGCCAUCGCUGCAUAUCCUAGAGGAAUGAAGGCAGUGCCCUCAAAUGGUCCUGCGACAGGCGUGGGCAGUACCUGUCACAGCACAUACAGACUCACCCAGGUGUCUGCCGAACCAAAUGCAGGAGUUUAAAGAGCAAGCGGGGACACUUUCUUCUCUAGGUCACCGGGGCUGCACUUGUCUGAGUCCCACCCCGUGCACUGGCCCAUCAGCACCUCCUCUCUCCCAGGUCUCGGCACUGGAGGCUUUUAUACUUGGUCACUCCGGAGAUGACAUCAUCAAACCACGUCUCUCAAUCCCGACUGAGGGCAGCUACUACAUCCCUGUCUCAGCCUGGACCACGCCACUGACGUCCUCUCCUUACUUGGUAUCUGUGCCGGGAGGACUGUACACAUGUGCGCAUGUGAAACUUCUGUCCAGACCAAACUCCUGCUCUUCCCUCCAACCUGAUGGGGCUGUAGUUCCCUCUCCUCAUUCAAGGGCAGCUCCGUAUUUCUAUCUUCAGGCUCAGAACUUUGGGGUCUGUCUCACCCACACACCCAAUCCACCAGCAGAUCCUUUAAAAUAUAACCAGAAUCCAGUACCAGUACCUCCCACCUGUUGGGUCAAAACACCACCACCUCACACCUGUUGCCUCCAGCUCUGCUCACCCAUAGUCACUUCUCACAGAGCAAGCAGGGCAACCUUCUCAAAAUAGAAGGUGGAUUGUGUUCUCACUCAGCUCUAUAUCCACCAAUGCUUUUCUAUUCCACAAAAAGUAAAGCAAAAGUCUUUACAAUGACCUGCCAGGUUGCACAAGAUCUAAACCUCAUUCCUUCUCUGAGCUCCUCACUUCAGCGCCUCCCCACACACUUCCAGUCCCGCCACCUGGUCUCCUGGCUGCACUGAGCACACAGGCCCCCCCCCACACACACCCCCCCCUCAGGGCUCCUGUACGGGCUGUUCUUUGCUCUGGGAACACUCCCAGGGUCAGAGUUCUCUCACCUUCAUUUGAGAAAUGAAUUUGUAUUUUCCAAAGGAAGUGCUUAUAAAAUGAGCAGACUCAGUGCCUAGCUAUGGAUUCAUUUUCUAUUGAAAAGGGCACGUUCCGUGAAAGCAGACACCUCCCCAAUUCGAAACCAAACCUGGCCCUCCAGCCCCAGCCACGCACCAGGAAAGUGGGAUGGAAAUUAUAAGCUGAGAUAAGCCAGGUGCCUCCAUCCCCAUGAAGAAGGCUCGGGAAGGCGACCUCAUGGCCCCCAAACCUAGGUCUAAGGACCCUAGGAAGUCACCUGUGGUGUUUUUGCGGAAAAAGAUACCCUUUGCCCAGUGACUUGAAGUGUAAGCUCUGGCUCUCUCCUGGGUGGCGCUUCACUCUGACCCACAGCACAAUAAGCACGCACAGCACCUGACAGAAGGUUCUCGUACAGGAAGGCAGACAAACGGAUACAGAGGAGCUCACAUACGGCCGAGACCUCAGGAUGCAGUCUCCCUACAUCACCCUCAGGGACACCUGCUCUUAGACCAUGAUGUGCACAGUGCUGUGCGAUCACCAAGAUCCCAGCAAACAGGGAAACAUGGCCAGGACACACCACUCUUCAGUGUGACUAACAGGGAAGAAAGUGCCAUAAUUAAGCUAAAAAGAACAUUGGGCGGAAAAAAACAUGGCGCAUAUUUACUUUAAAUACAACGCGGAGAAGUUUCAUGAGGAGACGUGUUUCACGUGGACUCUGGAGGAGGAGGCAAGACCGAGCGGGUGCAGUUAGCCAUUCAUUCAUCACAGGAAGCCGUUGCUGAGAACCUGUGUCACCCUCACUACUACAGGCAGCUGUAUUCUAAACUUCUAAAACCAAACAUUUCCCACGUGGAACUCUUUGACCCCUUCCUACCCCCCCCCUCCCCGAAUCCUCCAUCCAAUUAAAUGAGUGCACCCUUCACCCAGUUACUGAGUCCACAAUGCAGGCAUCUUCCUUGAUGCCUC